AUGCUCUUCACGGGUUCUUUACGUAAAAAUUUGGAUCCUUUUGACGAACACCCGGACGACGAGCUCUGGUCGGCUCUGUCUGAGGUACAGCUCCGGGAUGUCGUGCAGUCAAUGCCGGGACAGUUGGAUGGAGUGGUUCGCGAAGGGGGCAGUAAUCUGAGUGUAGGUCAGCGCCAAUUGUUAAUACUUAUCAAUGGUCUGCUAUAUUACGCUCAAAGUUUACCCGAGUAUAGCGCCGAUCCGGGGGCCGACGCCAGCCGACCCAUACCGGGUCCUAAAGGCCAGACACCGGACGUCAUGAGCCGAAAAAAUGUGUUUAACUCAAUGAUCGACUCGUUAAUCAACUCUAUUAUACCGAUCAAUAGUGACAGUACGGCACCGAUAGGUAACCGACCGCCCGAUCCAAUGUCGCUGCCUAUCGACGGCUUUUGGGGCCAACAGAUGGCCAACGGGGCCGACGCGCCCACCCGGGGUCAGGCGGCCUUAGUGGCGGUUACCGGACCACAAUCGCCAGCGCCGCCGGUGGUUGAACAGGAGGUGCCGUCCGAUGGCUUUUACGACCCGUACGCCGACGAUGAGGAGGACAGGGAUGGGAUGGCAGCCAAUAAACAGACGGUUACGCCGCCGAUUGAGACGGAGACCACACAUUUGAAGCGUAAAAAUCGUACCAUCGAUGUUGACAGCACUGGUGGCACCGGUGGGCCCGAGUGGGUAACCAAUACUGUUAGUGAUGAUCACACGCUGAGCCCCAGCACUGAUAUAGUGGUAAAGGCCGACACAACAGCCGCGGUUGAGGUGAUGGUCACCGACGGUACUACUAAUGAGAUCAGUAGUAGUAGUGGUAGUAGUAUUGGCCCCACAUUACCACAUGAAACCGUUACCACUGCCACCGGUGCUCUGUCUACGGCAACAGUACUGGCAAACACUAAUCACGGUAUUAGUGAGCAACAUGAUAGUAAUUCUAAUAAAACUGAGCUAGCUGGUGGUAAUGCUAAUAUGAAACAGUUUGCUGGGAUGGUGACCAUGCCCGUUAUCAAAGUGCCCGUCAUUUUUAACAUAUCCAUAGCGAACGCGACAAAUGUGACUCCAACUCCAGGCGCUGGCGGUCCCUCUAAUGGUACUGUUAUUAUCAAUAGUAAUGGUCAGGGAAUGAAUGUGUCGGCUGGGGAUCAAGUGGUGAUUGAGAUAUUUAAUCCGGAAAAGUGGGAAAUGAUUACCAUUCAUAAGAUCACUACAAUGGCAUCGGCACCGGGUGUUACCACCCCUACCACCAACACAACAACAGGCAACAGCACAUCGCCUACAGCGGCACCGGACACAUCCAUAGCUAACACAUCACCCACAGUGGUAGAGGGCUCGAGCACUACAUCCACAACACUAUCACAGAGCUCCAGCUCGAGCCCCACAGUGGCCGCCAGCGUAAGCCCGAGCACAUCCGACUCUACUGUAAGUAUAGGCGCUCAGACGGACAGCGCAUCAAAGUCUACGCAAGACAUAUACGUUAGGGAUGUGGAAAAAUUGAACCAAUACGGACCCCGACGACCGCCGCGUAAGCACAGACCGUCCCUAAGCCGAGAGUACGAGACAAUACAGACAACGCCCGGCCGCAGGCGGCGGCCCAAGACAUUGCCACCGGAUUUCUGGGACACAACACCGGCAACUGUUACAGUUAGAAGUCGGCGGACCUACCAGAGACGUAGGGGUGACCACCAAGUUGUUGCUCAAACUGAUUCAUUAAAUAGACAGGCAGAUGAUGGCGAUAAUGAUGAUAAUGAUAAUGAAACUGAACCCAAGGCCCGACCCAUGACUGACAUACAGUUUCAAAUAAAUCGUUUUGGGCAGCGGACAGGCAAUGGAGGCCGCGGUAGAGAUCCGGAUCAAUUUAAACCGGUAGUUGUGGCUGAUUUGCCCACUUUUGACCUGGUUGGGGAUGAUAUUGGGUAUAAACCAUCUAGAGCGCCAGCACCGGCGCCUGUUACCGGCAAAAAAUACCCCAACAAUGCCAACAACAUAGACAUCGAGGCCCUGUUAGGCAAAAUCAAUCACAUGCUAAACGUAACGACUGAAGCGCCGGUGGGCGACACCAACUCAAUGAUGGAGGAGUCGAGCGGUUUUAAUCCCAUCGUGUUAACAAUGCCCAACUUGGGUGUAGUGCCCGACUCGGCCUUCACCGACCCUAAGCCAACACACGGCCCACUACUGGUGCCGCACGUAUCGCACGGCCGACCGUCCGGUGGACUGAUGAUUAUCGGCCCCCAAAUGAGCACCGCGUCGACGGUCGGCAGACUGUCGGUGACCGUCGGCUCGACCGCAACCGCAGCCCCCACUGAACGGUCAACGGGACAGCCGUCGGCGCCG